AUGUUAACCUUGCCUAAGUCCUUGUCCCAUCGUUCUCUCACGCUCCUGUGGUCCAACCGCACGCUCGCUGGCUCCCUCGGCCUUUGUGGUGGCGCCACCGACUCUUUGCUGGACGUUGACAUCAUCUUCGACGGGGUCACUCUUCUGGAGCGUUACCCGAAGCUGAAGCCCCGACUGUCUGCGGAUGCACCCAGCAUCAACAAUGUUGCCCUCGAAAGUGGCAUCGUCAAGCUGCAGCGCACGGAGGCCCUCACCCCAGCAGAGCGUGCCGCCUGCACCGAUUUCCGACUCUCUAAGACAGCAGCACCUCAGCCUACGCCACCUUCGGACCUCUCGAUUGUCCAACAGGCGUUCAAGAGGUGCAAGGUGGCCAAGCACCCGAGGUACACUGGCGUUGUAUUCGCUCCAUACACCUCUAACGAGUGUGAGAGAUUUUUUUCGGCAACCAAGCUAGUCUACUCGGAUCUAAGGAAGCGAAUGGAUGCAUCGACGCUCGAGACGCUCAUGUUCUUGAUGUACAACAAGGACAUGUGGGACGUCUACACUGUUGAAGCAGUGUCAUCGUAA